GUGUGUGUUUGCAGUGAAAAAAGCAGCUGUCAAUCUGAAUUUCAAUCUGUUGCUAUAUUUUGAUUGAAAAUUCAUAUUCAAUAUUUUAAAUCUUGGUUAUUAUUAUUAUCACGCAUCUACUAUUGUACGGCAGGUAUUACACCAAAAUAUUCAAAGCCAACAUGUUCAAGAAAAUAUUCUUAUCUGAUAUUGGCUUCAUCAAUUCGGUUUCGAAAUCAUGGCCUGUCCGUCAAUCAAAAUAUUGUUGUUCACAUCCCCAACAUCAUAGAUGGUUGUCUAAUCAGGCUGUCAAUCAAGAAAAUUCAAUCAUUCAAGAUGAUGCUUAUGAUAUUGUCAUUAACGGUGGUGGAAUCGUCGGAUUUUCAAUGUUUGCCGCAAUCAAAUCUUCACCAUUUUUGUCAGCUAAACGUGUUUUAUUGAUCGAACAACAAUCACCGCCUCAGCCAUCUACCUCAGUGAUGCCAGAAGCUCGUAAAUUCAGCAAUCGUGUAUCUGCCAUAACUCUUUCAUCUAAAGAAUUUUUUGAACAACUAAAGAUUUGGGAUUCUUUAUCGCCUUAUGCUAAAUCGAUUCAAGGGAUGUAUGUAUGGUCUGAACAUUAUCAAAAUGGUAUCAAUUUCGGCCACGACUCUCUUUAUGAAAAUGCAAUGUGUUAUAUUUUAGAAAAUAAUCGUAUACUUCAAGCACUACAUGAUCUUAUUCAAUCGAAUCCGAAUUCAUUGCAGCAUAUAUCUUACAAAACAUCUGUAGUCGAUAUAAACCAAGAUGUUGAUGUACGCGAUUCGCAAGCGACAACUAUUAAAUUGAAGAUUGUCGACAUGGAAGAUACUCAACAACAGCAAAAAUCUAUUCAAACCAGACUGUUGAUUGGUUGUGAUGGAUACAAAUCGAUUGUACGUUCAAAAUCGACAUUGCCGUAUUUUGAGGCUGAUUUAAACCAAAUGGGCAUAGUAGGAACUCUGGAAGUUGAAACACUUAACAACGAUAAUCAUAUAGCAUUUCAACGAUUCGUUAAUGAUCAAUUAGUAAUUGCAUUACUGCCACUCGAUAAAUGUCAUUCAUCGUUGGUAUUGUCAGUGCCUAAGCAAUCCUUACAGGAAUGGAUGAAACUAUCCGAUCAAGAAUUCAUUUCUCGACUUAACAAUGAAUUAAUCCGUGAGCCGAAAAUACAAAGUCCGUUAGAUAAGCUGGCAUCCACAUUUAAUAUCCGUCAAUUCAAAUAUGAUAACGCUCAGAUACGAUCACCCGCAACAAUUCGAUCGAUAGUUACUGGGUCAAGAGCUGCAUUUCCACUGGGAUUCGGUACUACCAUACCUUUUAUGGUCGGUACAAUCCAGGCAAAAGUUCCCUUGUUACAAGCAUUGAUCAACAAAGAUAAACGAGUCAAUACAGCGAUCAUCGGUGAUGCAGCACAUCGUGUUCAUCCACUAGCUGGCCAAGGUCUCAAUCUUGGUCUUGGCGAUGCUAGUACUUUGUUUUCCUGUUUAGAUUCAAAAUUAUCAGCCGGUUAUGAACUUUUUGCAUCAAGAUCAGAUUCCCAUGAAGCUCUCAGUCAAGCUUUAUAUGAUUUUGAAAGGUGUCGUGUAUUAAAAUUGAUACCGAUGAUGACUGCCAUUCAUUCGAUGCAAACUUUAUUCCAUUUCACACCAUCGGUAUUAUUGCCAAUAGUGAAUCAAAUGGAUAUGGCCAAAAAACUUAUCGUAUCGUUUGCUAAUUCCCGAUGAAAUCGAAUCUUGUUUUUGUUUGCUAUUAACUUUUAUAAUUAUAAUUUACCUGUAAAUUUUUUUCUUAAACUCAUUUCAAUCAAUGGUCAUUGUAGUUUGUCCUCAAUUCAAUUGGUUUUUUUUCUAAUAAAUGAUUUCAAGUCAAAAAUA